UUUAGAAAACCUGGCAGCCCUGCAAGGAACGGUCUGAGAACAUUGAAAAUCAAAAAAUCGCAGGAAACGCGAACUUUAACACCGAAAGCAAAUAGAAGAAAAUAAAAAGUACAUUUUCUCGAAGUGAAAGAAAAACGGGCGAAAAAGGAUAGAAAUCCUAGACUUUCAAGUGUGUCAAAAUCGAACAAAGGCGAGAAGUCGGAUUACGGAUUACAUAGAAGUUUACAUACAUUUGUAUACGUGUAUAUAGAUUGCAUAUAGGUUGAUAACGGGACUUCAUUUGCUUUUUAUCCUUGGCGGCUCGGCCUUUGUUGUUAUUGUAUUAUUAUAAUUCUCUCCAGGAUGUUGUCGCUGUCGUCGCCGGCGUGUCUGUUGCUCCUCGUCCUUUUCUUCUUUGCAAGUGGCUCGGCAACAGUGGUUUCCUUGGCGGAGAAUGUAACUCUGGCGGCGUUACCUUCCUCCUCGCCAAUUUCCGUGAGCCUUAGCACGACCUCCUCGGUGGUGGCGCCCAUUUCCACCGAAUUGGAGAAUCAAACAGUCAGCAGCAGCAACCUGAAUACAAACAACGAAGCCAGCGAUGAGCAAACUGGCAAUACCAACAGCAACACGAGCAGUCACAGCAGAAACUUCGGCGGUUUGCCCAACAGCAACAUUAGCAAUGCCAACAGCAACUCCAGUUCAGUUUUCCCUUUGAGUACAACGACAGCGGCCAUUUCUGGUAUAGAUCCGCAGGAGUCGCUCAUCCUGGCCACUCCCACCGCUCUGAAUGGCAGCGGCACACCCCCCGAGCAUCAGACAAUUGGUCAGGCACCGCCCACAAAGGGGGAACAGGAGGCGAUCCUGCGAGCUUUGGAUUGGCUGAAGGAGAAGAGGGCUUCGGACUACGGCUGGGGCAACGAUACUCAUGUGGUUAUCCUGGCCAAGGAACUUUCCGGCGGCCGAGAUCCCAACGAUAAUGUAGAUGGCCAUGUUCAGGUCAUCCAAGAGCUGGAGGAUACGCUAUCCGUGAAGGAAAUGGAGAUCGAGAUACUGGCCAUGCUGGAUCGCCAUCAUACACUCCCAAAGCCCCUGGAUCUCGACAAGCUGGCCAGAUACGUUCUGGCCUUGGGUUCCCUGUGCAAGGACCCCAAGCACUUCCAUGGCCACGACCUGGUGGCCACACUGCAGCAUCAUGAACCGGCCCAGGAUAUUGAGUUCGCACUGACCACUCUGUCGGCCUGCAGUUCGGCGGCCCAUGUAAGAAAACGCCAGAUCCGGCGGCUUCUGGACAUUGCCAGCGGAGUGACGGACCAGAGCGUUGAUGCCAUUGCCAUGGUGAUCCUAGCCUUGCGAUGCAUCGUCACCGAUCAUCGCCAUCGGCAUUUGCAACACUUUGUCCGACGACCGGCGCGGGGACUGGCCAGUCUGCAGGAUCAGCGCGGCAGUUUCGGAUCGCUAAGGAGUACGGCUCUCGCCAUGCAGGCUCUACAGGAUUUGGAGUAUGAUCCAGCUGGACACUGGAACCGCACAGCCGCCUCGCGCUACAUCCUGAGUCGCCAGCGGGCGGAUGGUGGAUGGAGCGAGGAACCGCUGCAGGAUGGCCAGGAACCCGACAUCGGUGUGGGCCUCACCGCGGACAUCAUCCUCGCUUUGGGCUGGAAGGGUUUGGGCGCAGUGAGGGCACUGCAGUGCGACCAUGUGAUACGCGAGAGUAGUGAUCCUACGGAGAACGGCGAGCCCAAGUUGGCGGUGCCAUUCGGACUUAGUUCCUCUGCAGAAGAGUCGGAUGCCAAGAACAUCUCCUACACGUACACACUCUGGGUGGGAUCCAAUGUGACCGAGGCCUUCUCCCUGUCACUCGUCUCCCCCAAGAACACCAGCUUCUUUAAGGCCAUGACCCAAGCGGCCGAAAUGGAUCCCAGAUUUAUUUUCGAGGCGCGUGAAUGGCCCAAUGGUCACUAUGUGCACACCCUGUAUGGCAAAAAGGAGGAGCCUCGAGGGUAUCACUACUGGCUGCUUUAUCGAUUGCCAGAGUUGCCCGAUCCCAAUAAUACGCCCGGGAAUCAGCUUAUUGCGCCUGUUGGUGUGGACGAGCUAAUGGUCGAGGAUGGGGAGCACUAUCUUUACUGGUACAAGAAGCUCUAAGCACGCGGCCUUAGACGGAGCUGCAGUUUAACCCACUAAGCAAAGUCGAUAAACACCCGGUGCUAUUGGACUAUAUUUAAUAUAUAUAUGGCCAUAGUCACGUCUCACACACACACAACACACACGCAACAAGCAAAAAGGCACUUACACUCGCACGGGAAUAGCUGUAUGCUUCACAGUACAGCUAUUCCUGCGUAAGUGCAUAUAUAACUGCAUAACAAUGGCGUAAUCAAAAAGAAAAAACCAAAAAAAAAAAAAAAAAAGCAGAAAAAAACACCCAAAACAAUGCACAGAAAAUCACAAGAAAGUGAGUUAAAGAUCGGUGAAAGGAGGUAAACUGUGGAAGCCCAGAUUUCUAACGGAUAACUAGGAUAUAACACCGUAAUAGUUAAUUGCUCUAGACCUCACAACUGAUCUCGAUUCGGAGCACCUCAGGCUAAUACUUAUGCAUAACGAUAACGAUAAAAACGAUAAAAAACGAUAACAAACAAAAAGAAUGAGAGAGUGAUAAAAAACAAAAA